AUGUUGCCCUUCUUGGCCUUGACUGCAGUAUUGUCGUGGAUACUUCCGACGGAUGGCCAAACGACCGACCCCCCUCUCCCUACCUCGGGCGAAAAGCUCUUUGAUGCAUGGAAACCAUUCUCGACACCCCUCGUGAUCCCCGAAGUGAUCGACAUGCGCAAGGGGGGCAGCCUCGACAUGAACAUUGGCGAAACCCGCCACGCGUGGGGCUCCGGCGCGCCCACAGCGGCCACCUACGGCUACGGCAAAGUGGGCGGCAACAUCACCACGCCUGGCCCAACCAUCCUCGUCAAGAAAGGCGUGCCCAUCACCGUCACCUGGUACAACGCGAUUAAAUCGUCCAAGCACUUGUUGGACAUGAACGUGGAAACGACGCUGACGAUCCGCGAGUCGUCGUGCUACCCCCACUGCGGCGUGCCGGUGAUCACACACGUCCACGGGUUAGAAACUCCCGCCCAGUACGACGGACUGCCGCACUUUUCAAUCUACCGCAACCAGAGCUACAUCGCUCGGUAUAACAACACCCAAUCAGGGUCGACCAAGAUGUACCACGACCACGCCAUCGGCCUCGGUCGGUUGAACAUGUGGGCGGGGCUCGCGGGGCUGUACGUCAUCCAAGACGACGAGGUGGAGACGGCGUACAAGCUCAACAACUUGGUGGACAUUCCGCUGAUCUUCCAGGACAAGAUCAUCGCCCCCGACGGCACCCUCGUGUACUCGAGCGUGAGCGUGUGCCAGACCGAGGGCACCAAGUGGGUGUCGGAGGCGUUUGGGGCCGUGAACACGGUCAACGGCGUCAUCAUGCCGUACGUGGACAUCCCCGCUGGCCAAGUGCGCCUGCGUAUGGCCAACAUGGCCAACGCCCGCAACUACAACUUCACGCUGCCGUUUGCGGACCAGUGCCAGCUGAUUGCGACAGACUCUGGGUUUGUAUCGGAGGUCAAGCCCGUGGCCAAGACCGGGUUCAAGCUGUACUCGCUGGAGCGCGUCGAGUUGGUGUGCGACUUCACCGACACCAAGGUGGGCACAACAUACGACUUGGAAGACUCGACCGAGAUCGAGUCGUCGUACUCGUACGACCCGCGGUUGCUGCAGGUGCGCAUCGUCGCCCCCAAGGAGAACGCCCCGGCCAAGGUGGAGCUGCCCAAGAAGAUGACUGCGUUGAAGGACCUGGAGGCGCUGUACAAGUCGACCAAGGGCAAGCUGCGAACCAUCACGCUGGGCGAGAUGGAAGGGGACAACAAAUGCCCCGUGCAGCUCAUGAUCGUGCAGCACCAGAUGGUGGCCAACGUGUCGACGAUCCAAAACAAACUCAAGUGCACGCUGGGCAAGGUGGAAAAGUGGCAGUUCAAAAACCCCACCGACGACGCGCAUCCGUUCCACUGGCACUUGGUGAACGCGCAGUGCGGCCCCGACGACAAGUCGAUCGACAAGAACGCGCUCAAGGACGUGGUGGUGAUCCCGAACGCCCGGCAGUCCCAGAACAUCACGCAAGUGUGCUACGUGGCGUGCGUGCCGGACCAGUUCCUCGUCGAAGGCAGCACGGUGGGCCCCACUGAGUACGGGUUCAACACGGACGAGCCGUACUUGGCCCAUUGCCACAUCAUGGAGCACGAAGAGAACUCGAUGAUGUCGUGGUUCCAGCUGACCAAAGAAGACGACGCCGAGCCUGUGGACGACGGAUCGGUGCCGGAUUUGAACCCCCAAGUGACGUCGGAAGUGAUUUGGUGUGCGCUGGGCAUGAGUGUGGUGGGGGGACUCGCCACAUGCUUGUCGGUGCUGGUGCUUUCGAUCAAACGGCUGAAUUUCUUGGCGGGGGACACGGCCAUGGCCGUCACGUUUGCCUUGUCCGCGGGGGUGAUGUUAUUCAUUUCGCUGGUCGACUUGUUCUUGGAAGCCCUGGAGAAGUUUAACAAUGCGUUUGCUGUGGGGGGCACCGUGGAUUUGGAAGCGAUCGAGCACGGGCUGGCGCCGGCGGGCGCUGUGGCGCCGAUAUGCAACGAGAACUGCCACGGCAAGGCGUACUUGGCGGUGGUCGGGUGUUUCUUUGGCGGAAAGCUAGCCAGGGUGGAAGACGAGGAAGUUGUCGAGGUGUGGGUGUGGGAGAGAGGCGCUGUGUAA